AGUUAUGAAUAAGAAACCUGACAAUCAAAACGACAUAGUUUGGCUCCCAACUCUGGCUUUGUCAGACAUCUCUCUUCGUCGGAGUCUCAUCCUCCUCACUGCCUCUUCGUUCUUCAGACACGGGUUUUCUCCGGCCUUCGUUUGAGCUUCGGGAGGCUGUCGUAUUUUAUGAGCUUUCCAUUCGGAUGAAGUGAGGCAACUACCCUGAUGGCAGAUUUACCAGGCUAUGUUAGGGCCUGCUUGCAUACUGGUCAACUUGCUUUUUUGGCAAUUUUGGUCUCUGGAGGGAUCGUGUUACAAAUAUUGGCAUGUGCUUUGUACAAUAACUGGUGGCCAAUGCUAUCUCUUAUAAUGUAUGUGCUUCUCCCUAUGCCAUUACUGUUUUUUGCUGGAUCUGAUGGCAGUGCUCUAUUUUCUGAAUCUGACAAUAGCUGGGUGAAUGCUACCAAGUUCUUGACCGGAGCUUCAUCAGUCGGAAGUAUUGCAAUACCGGCUAUCUUGAAGCAUGCUGGUGUAAUUGGUUGGGGCGCAAUGGCAAUGGAGUUUUCAUCAUUCUUCAUAUUUGUACUUGCCAUAAUGUGUUACAUUCGUAUGAAUGAUGAAGACAGUUAUUACAGUGCCAUCUGAGAUGUAACCCUUCAAAGUGCAGCAACAACUGAAAAAAAAAGGAAAAUAAUAAUAAAAAAAAACUGCUACAUUUGUGCAAAGAUAUAUUAUGAUUGUUUAUAUUACAAUUCUUGUGUAAAGAAAAUGUUGGUUCACAAUGUGUGAGGCUUGGUUUCCUUCUCCCUUAUACGAUUGCUACUUAUAUAAUACAUCUUAUUCUUUUCUAUUAAA